AUGCAGCGUGACUAUAAACAGUAGUAAACAGCAGUGAACAAUAAUAUAAAUAGAAGAAAACAGUAGUCAUGCACAGUAAAAGUAAAACAGUGAGCGCUACACAGCUGCACAGUAGCCGAAUCCGCCAUAAACCACUUAAUGUCGUGGACAUUACAUCAGCCACACUUUACUCGAAUACCUUAUAUAUAGUACACCCGAGGCCCUUCAUUUCUUGUAUACCCUCAAUUCUCUGCAAACUACUUCUUUGCUUAAUCUGCUUAUAUAGCCAUGAAGAGAACUAGAGAAGAGGUUCUUGGUGUAAACAUGGAAAAAGUUCUUAUGCUAUUAUCGUGUAGGUUUGAGACCAAGUUCAAAAGACGCUCAUCAUCUUUCCCGAUCGACGUGUUCGAGUGCAAAACCUGCAACCGCCGAUUCUCCUCGUUCCAAGCUCUUGGUGGCCACAGAGCGAGUCACAAGAAGGAGAGAACGAUACCGGGUAGCGAUGAGGACCUGAAAAGUGAAACCAAGGCACUGAUUAGCAAGACGAAGACACACGAGUGCUCAGCGUGUGGGCUGGAUUUUAGUUCGGGACAAGCUUUGGGGGGUCAUAUGAGAAAGCACAGGAUGAUGAACGCCGGAUUUCCUUCUUCUGCUCCGACGGCUGUUCUUUCGAAGAUGCCGGUGCUGAUGAGGUCGAAUAGCAAGAGGGUGAUGUGUUUGAACAUGGACUUGAACCUGACACCUCUGGAGAAUGACUUGAAGUUGCUGUUCGGGAAUAUGGCACAAAAAAUUGAUACUUUGCUUUCUUAG